CUGCGUAAAAGAGCGUUAGCUCGGCAAUCGAAGCCUAGCAGCUCAGGGAAAUUGGAUGAGGGAGCUACAUUCUCAGAUGUGCAUUCCGUUGUAUUGGAUCCACUUGCCAAGCUGCCAUACUCGGAAGAAUUUGUAAAGCAACAUGUGGAGAAGACGUCGAAGGAGAUAUUGAAGGAGAGAAACAAAUCCAAGUUCGGAAAUAGGAAGAAGGCUUCCAAUGUUAUUGUAUUUGAUCAUAUUCCCUUGGCAGAUCAGAUCGUAUGCUUGUUUCCAGGACAAGGCGCGCAGUAUGUUGGUAUGGGAAGCAAACUAGUUGACUGCCCCAAAGCAAAAGCUGUUUUCGAUCGUUCAUCUGAAAUCCUUGGUUAUGACAUGUUCAAACUGUGCACUGAAGGACCAAAAACUAAGCUUGACCAAACCCUCUACUGCCAGCCGGCUGUUUUCGUAUCUUCAAUGGCGUCCAUUGAGAAAUUCAAGGCUUCCGAUGAAACGAUUGCUGAUCGUAUAACCGACGCUGCUGGCUUCAGUGUCGGUGAAUUUGCUGCACUAGUUACUGGUGGAAUAAUCGGUUUUGAUGAUGCACUUCGGGUGGUUGAUGCGCGAGCGAAAGCAAUGCAUGAAUGCAAUCAGUUAGUCCGUAGCGGAAUGCUGACGAUAAGAGUGAACGCCUCAUCCCGACUUAAUGAAGCAAUAGAAAAGGGUGAGAUGGAUGUUUGCGAGGUUGCAAACUUUUUGUUUUGUGGCGUUCGUGUAGUCGGCGCUAAUGAAACAUGUAUGCGAUUUCUGGAAGAAAACCAAGAAAGAUACAAUUUCAAGGUACUGAAGCGUUUAGAAGUAAGUGGUGCGUUUCAUACUCGACAAAUGGAGCAAGCCGUGGCGAAAGUACGUGAGGCAAUGGCAAAUGUGGAAAUACAGAAGGCCCGGUGCAAUGUUUACUCCAACUAUACGGGACAUAUCUAUCCUGCUCGAAAUUCCGAAAUUCGGGCGGUUAUUGCGAAACAAGUGACGAAUCCAGUUAAGUGGGAGCAAAUUCAGCAGCUGCUUUACCGAAAGCAUCGUGAUUACGUAUUCCCGAUGUUCGUAGAGUUGGGCCCUGGUCGACAACUUGGCGCUAUGUUAAUGCAAACCAGCAAAAAGGCUUAUAAAAAUUACCAACAUUUUGGUUGCUAA